ACCCGGGCGCGCUGGGAGUGCGGGGCCAGGCGGCCGCCUGCAGCAUCAACAUCUGCUCGAGCAGCCCGCCGGCACGAAGUGGCUGGCGGCGGUUCAGGAGCUCUAGGCUGCCUCCCGCCUCGGCACUGGCGCGCCGGUCAACGUGCGGAUGGCCAUCGGGCUAUGCGCGCGGUCGCCACUCGCCGAUGUGCUCGGGCCAGCCCGAUCGCGGCAACCCCUCUAACUAGAGGUGCCGGGAAGCGAACCCGCUGCGCCCAGCUCGACUGCGGACGGAUCCCGGGCCGCUCGCUUCGCGGGCAGCGGUCGCCGUGCGGCGCGGAGGGAUACGCCUCGGCCGCGCCUCCCCUCCCCGCGCCCCCGCCCCCGCCGCCCUCCCCGCCGGCUCUGCUGCCGCCGCGGCGGCCGCUGGUGCCGCCGCCGCCGCCGCCGCCUGGAUAUAGUGCGGCAAGGAGCGGCGCUGGCAGUCACUUUGCGAGGAGGAGCGCGCGGGCUGCGGGCGGCUGGGCACCCGGGAGCGGCGGCGGCUCUCUCAGAGGCGGCCGUGGCAGCAGAAGGUUCUCUCUCCAGGGCUGGACUUAAUAACUUUGGAACUGUCCACCAGUGUCACGUCCUGAACAUGAGCCUCCUCCUCUCCUUCUACCUGCUCGGGUUGCUUGUCAGUAGCGGGCAAGCUCUUCUUCAAGUGACAAUUUCACUUAGCAAAGUAGAGCUUAGUGUGGGUGAAUCUAAAUUCUUCACAUGUACAGCAAUUGGUGAACCUGAGAGUAUAGAUUGGUAUAAUCCUCAAGGAGAGAAGAUCAUUUCAACACAGAGGGUAGUGGUGCAGAAGGAAGGUGUUAGGUCACGAUUAACCAUCUACAACGCAAAUAUAGAAGAUGCAGGGAUAUAUCGUUGUCAAGCAACAGAUGCCAAAGGACAGACACAGGAAGCCACAGUUGUUUUGGAAAUUUACCAAAAACUCACCUUCAGAGAAGUGGUAUCUCCUCAAGAGUUCAAACAAGGAGAGAAUGCAGAAGUGGUUUGCCGCGUUAACAGUUCACCUGCGCCGGUUGUCAGCUGGUUGUAUCAUAAUGAGGAAGUCACCGCUAUUUCCGACAAUCGGUUCGCUAUGUUAGCCAACAAUAAUCUGCAGAUUCUCAGCAUCAAUAAAAGCGAUGAAGGUAUAUACAGGUGUGAAGGAAGAGUGGAGGCUAGGGGAGAAAUUGACUUCCGUGAUAUCAUCGUCAUUGUCAAUGUGCCUCCUGCCAUCACGAUGUCUCAGAAAUCCUUUAAUGCCACAGCAGAGAGAGGAGAAGAGAUGACAUUAUCCUGCAGGGCUUCUGGCUCUCCUGAGCCCACGAUCUCCUGGUACAGGAAUGGCAAGUUCAUUGAAGAAAAUGAAAAGUACAUAUUGAAAGGAAGCAACACAGAACUCACUGUCAGGAAUAUAGUAAAUAGUGAUGGCGGCCCUUAUGUCUGCAGGGCCACAAAUAAGGCAGGAGAAGAUGAGAAACAGGCGUUCCUCCAAGUCUUCGUACAGCCUCACAUAAUACAGCUUAAAAAUGAGACUACACAUGAGAAUGGUCAAGUCACACUCAUGUGUGAAGCGGAAGGGGAACCUAUUCCAGAAAUCACUUGGAAAAGAGCAGUGGAUGGCAUCACAUUUUCCGAAGGCGAUAAGAGCCCAGACGGCCGUAUCGAAGUCAAAGGGCAGCAUGGAAGCUCAUCGCUGCAUAUUACAGACGUGAAGUUGUCAGAUUCAGGGAGAUAUGACUGUGAAGCUGCGAGUAGAAUUGGAGGGCACCAAAAGAGCAUGUUCCUUGAUAUUGAAUAUGCUCCCAAGUUUAUAUCAAACCAAACAAUUUAUUAUUCUUGGGAAGGAAAUCCAAUCAAUAUAAGCUGUGACGUGAACUCUAAUCCACCAGCAUCAGUCCAUUGGAGAAGAGAGAAAUUAGUCUUGCCAGCUAAAAACACCACUAAUUUAAAGACGUACAGUGCAGGGAGAAAGGUGAUAUUAGAGAUUGCACCUACAUCUGACAAUGACUUUGGACGAUAUAAUUGCACAGCCACUAACCGGAUAGGAACAAGAUUUCAAGAAUAUAUUCUUGCUUUGGCUGAUGUGCCAUCCAGUCCCUACGGAGUGAAGAUUAUAGAGCUGUCACAGACCACAGCCAAGGUUUCAUUCAACAAGCCCGACUCCCAUGGAGGUGUGCCUAUCCAUCACUAUCAAGUAGAUGUCAAAGAAGUGGCUUCAGAAACCUGGAAAAUAGUACGCUCCCAUGGAGUUCAAACAAUGGUUGUUUUGAGCAACCUGGAACCAAAUACAACUUAUGAAAUCAGGGUUGCAGCUGUAAAUGGAAAAGGGCAAGGAGACUACAGUAAAAUAGAAAUCUUCCAGACAUUACCAGUUCGUGAACCGAGUCCUCCAUCCAUACAUGGGCAGCCAAGCAGUGGGAAGAGCUUUAAACUCAGUAUUACCAAACAGGACGAUGGAGGAGCCCCUAUUUUGGAAUAUAUCGUGAAAUAUAGAAGUAAAGAUAAAGAAGACCAGUGGCUAGAGAAAAAAGUACAGGGAAAUAAAGACCACAUUAUUUUGGAGCAUCUGCAGUGGACAAUGGGAUAUGAAGUUCAAAUUACAGCUGCCAAUAGAUUGGGAUAUUCAGAACCAACAGUCUAUGAGUUCAGCAUGCCGCCAAAGCCCAACAUUAUUAAAGACACACUUUUUAAUGGUCUUGGGCUUGGAGCAGUCAUUGGCCUGGGAGUUGCUGCGCUCUUGUUAAUCCUCGUGGUAACCGACGUCAGCUGCUUCUUUAUCCGACAAUGUGGCUUAUUGAUGUGCAUCACCAGGAGAAUGUGCGGGAAGAAAAGCGGCUCCAGCGGCAAAAGUAAAGAACUGGAGGAAGGAAAAGCUGCAUACCUGAAAGAUGGAUCAAAAGAACCAAUAGUGGAGAUGAGAACAGAAGAUGAAAGAAUUACUAACCAUGAAGAUGGGAGCCCAGUAAAUGAGCCGAAUGAAACAACACCACUAACGGAGCCUGAAAAAUUGCCUUUAAAAGAAGAAAAUGGGAAAGAAGUCCUAAAUCCAGAAACUAUAGAAAUUAAGGUUUCUAAUGACAUCAUCCAAUCAAAAGAGGAUGACAGCAAAGCAUAACACCAACAUUACAGAGGCUACAAAGAGCAUUUGGAUUGCAGUGACCCUAUGACCAAAAUGAUUCCAUGGACCUUAAUUUCUUGGGAAACUUCUAGCUUGGAAUAGCUUGUACACAUAUACAUACGAUCAAAUACCCCUGCCCAUAGUCCAUUUCCUUUUGUUGUUGUUGUUGUUGUUGUUAUUGUUGUUGUUUAUUUUGUUAUGAAUUUAGAUAUAGAGACCUGACUGGCACCAGCUCUUGGGUAUCAAUUUGACACUAUGAUCGAAGUACUGCAAUUGAUUAUAUGGCUAAAGCGCUCUGUUUCUUAAGUAUCACGACCUCUCCAACAAAUAGGGGUUUAAGAAGAAUACAAAACAAAAGCUUUAUGAGCUAAAUGUAUAAGAAAGCCCUGCAUGUUUUUUAAUCCUAUCUUGGGCAAGUAGAUUAUUAAAGUGGAUUUCGGUUUAAAAUGAAAACACUCAAUAAAGGUUAGACUUUUUAUCAGGAGAAUUUCAGGGAACCUGAGCUUAAAGGAGCCACGUAUCUUUAGCAGAUAUUGAAAAUUGAGAGAAACCUCGGAAAACUCUUUUUAAGUUAUAAUUACAAUGCUAUUUCAACAUUGAUUUCUGAUAGACUGAAGUGCCAGAUCAAAAUUGUUACCCAUUUGAACGAAUAUUAGUUGUGUACAAAAUUAGAUUAGAACGAUUGCGUAAAUCUCUCUCUUAAAUAUGCCAUAUUCAUUCACAAUGAAUUACACAAAAUGUAUCGCAAGUGAAAAUAAUAUUGAUUUUUGCCCUCAGCUUCAAAUAAAGUAAAUUGAAAUGGGAACAACAUCAAUAUUGUCUUGAUAUAUUUAUAAAUAUGUGAUUAUCUUUUACUUUUUAAAUAAUUUUAUCGAAAAGCAAAUCUUUAGUGUCCAAAUAGUUCAAACCAUAUCCUCAUACACAUUUUUUGCCUAUUGUUUUAGAUAAUCUUUGCUUAAAAAUUUAUUUUUCCAGUGUUAUAGGUCAAUCAUUAAAUGUAAUUGGCUAAUGGAAAUUGAAAUCCUUACUGGUUAAAUUGAGGAGAAAUUAGCAUUUAAACAUGCAUAAUAGUGUCAGUGAUAAACAACUGAAUUGCCACUAUCUGUUUUUCUUCUGGAUGUUGUAGCUAGAUGUCAUUUUAAGAUUUUGAUAAACUUUGGUUGAAGAAAUUCUUUAACUGUUCAACACAAACUUUCUAAUAUUACUAUGUUUUAGGACCUAUGCCAGAAUAAAAUACUUCUUAACUUCCAAGCUAUGCAAGCUCCCAGAGGUAAAAGAUUGAAACCUGAUUGUCACUUAUAUGUAAGGUAAAAAAAUGUAUUUAUGAUUAUAAAUAUACAUACCAAUGGGGAGCAGGUUUUAGACUGUUUCUUACCCUAGAGAGCCAAAGGUUUCUUUAGGCCCCAUCAUAUUCAUAACCUUUAGUGUUUCAGGUGGUAUUAUACUCAAACAUUGAUUGGUUGGGGAAUAUGUACCAAAAGAACGUUGGAGGAAUGUUAACAAUGCAGAGCGACCCGCCUUAGGAUGUCUCUCUAUAGAGAUAAUUUGAUGAAUAUUAAAUAUAAAAUUAAUGCCAUUCAUGAAUAUUUUUAUUUAUAAAGUGCUUGAAAAGUGCUCCAUCAGUCAAGGAGAGACAACUAACUAAUUUUACACAAUUUUGGUUAUCAGCAACACAGACUGUGCCCAUCUGCAUGUUCAGGCACUAAAUAUCCACAGUAUCGUUGCCAUAAUUUACAGGGUUAUAACGCAGCAAUCACUCCUUGCUUCUUUAUGGCAGAUUCUGAAGGAAAAGAAUUCCUGUGCCUACCUAAAAAUUUGAGCAAGAAUUAUCCAACUGGUCUUUUGAUGGAUUUGACUGUUGAUGUUUAUGUUAUGUUUGUCUGAUCAUCUGUUGUUUUAUUUUAGUUUUUUUCUCUUUUGUACCAAUGUGCUAAAACUAGUUAAAAUACUUGAAUUAGUUUGUGCAAAGUAACUGGGCUUAAUAACGUAGCCACGAAUGCCAAUCUUCCUGCAUGGGGCUACAUGGUUUUAAACUAAUAAUGGUGAAAGAAUUAGGAAAACUGAGACAGCAAUUCAGCAUGUUUACUACUGUUAUAUUCGUGCUUUACUUCAAGAGUAGAGAAAUCAUAAUAAAGAACAGAUACUUUUGUGUUUUCUCAAUUUGAAAGUUUUGUUUCUCUCAUUUCUUUGGAUUUUCCAUAUAAAGCAAUUUACUUAAAUAUUUCUUUCAUAUAUAUAUAUGCUGUUAAAUUUCUUGCCACUAAUGUGGAGUAAUGAUCUGAAGUUAACAGAUAAUCUGGAACUAAUUGUAGACAGACUGUUUCAAGUGCACUGUUUCAAUUGUCCAAGUGGUCUUUAUCUCUUGUCUUUGAAAUCUAUGCCAUGCAGGAGCAAGGCAAUACUGUGAUAAACAUUUUUUUUUUUUAAUGUUACAGUGGAAUGCUCCAAAUUACUCCUUUGUAAAAGUUUCCAAAUAAGAGAUGGCUUGUAGUAAAUUGUAAAAUAUGUGGAGAACUCAAAUAAUCUCUUUCUUAUUUUUUAUUCAUAUUCUAGACAAAAACAUAUCCAUAUAACUGUAUACAUAUUUUUACUAUCUGAGUACUCUUAAAUGUUACUAUAAAAGGUCAAAAAGAGUUGACUGAAUAUAAGUAGGGUUAAAUAAUCAGAACUCUAUACUACUUUAAACAAAGAAGCAAAGAUAUCACUGAAAAUAUUGGAAUUUCUUGAUAGGUUAUAUGCAAUUAGGCAAUGACAAUCUAUAUCCAACAACAUAUAAGAGGGAACAGUAAUAUCAGCAUUUUAGCACAUUUUUUUUAAAAACUGGCACAAAUUAAUGUGUCAACAAAUUUUACAAUGAUCUGCAAAGGAAUUUAAGAAUUGUGGUUUCUAAAGAUUUAUUUAUUAUUUUUGUGAGUUGAUUUGUUGCCAUUCUAUUGAUACUAAUGUCUAACAUUAAAGUAAUGUUUCUCAAGUUUUCCUUUAUUUUUAACACUAAUUUCUAUUAUAGCAUUUUUCAAAGACUAUUUGAUCCAUCAAAGUUUACAUGAAUCUUAGUCUUUGAAGUAAACAUUUAUAUAAAGGAUUUUAUUAAUCAAAUUAUUUAUUUGAAUGCAACAAUUAAUGGUAACUUUAUAAUCAUAUCUUUAUUUUAUGCUUCUUAUUUUAAAUAAUUAAAAUGUAUUUGUGCCUUUGCAUUAGCAUGACUUUCUGCUUUAUUAAAAGAAAAAAUACAACUGCAAACUUUAUUGAUAGAUUUUGCUUAUAUCUAUAACACUAGAAUGAUACUCUAAUUUACAUUCAGUGGACAAACUCAAUUCCAACUACUUUACCUUGCAUACAAAAUCUAAAUAUAGCAGCUGAUACUGUGUAACUUAUUUCCACUCAUGACAAAAUAAUUCUUUUGAUGCCUACACAAAAGAUACUUAAUUUGUUCUGUAUUGUUGUUCUAGACAAUAAAUACGUUCUAGAUUUUGUUGAAAUUGAGUUUUACCAGUUGUAAGACACAGAAAACAUGACUUUUUAAGGCAGAGUAAAUUAUUAUGGUGUCACUUGGGUCUACAUUAUUCUUGUUACAUAUUCAAUUUGGGAUCAUAAAUCGUCUUUUAUUGUUGAUGGUAAGAUAAUCACUGAUGAAAAUAUCUGAAACUAAAGAGACGGAAAGAAUAAUCUCCAUUUCUUAAUUUAAGGAAUAUUGGAAUAGCAUAUUACAAUUACUUGUUCAAUUUGCAAGUGUCUUUUUCAUAGAGAAUAAUGUAGAUGCUCUAUUUCAACCCCUCAUGGAGGUCUUUUUCAUAAUCAUAUCCAGAGUGCUUAUUCAAGAAACUUUAUGAGUAGGUGAAGAUAUUUUUUUAAAUAAGAUUGUUUGCAUUAUUUAUCUUUAGAAAGAAAAGUUUUGCAUCUUUUUGUUAAUCCUUUGAACCAUUCUUACAUCCUCUCUCAAAUUGCAAUUGCAAAUGGAUAUAUUAACAUGUGCUAAAAUUAGACUGUGGAAGAUCACAGAAAUGAAGUACUUCCAUCAGAAAAUGAAAUCUUUCGAGAAAGUAUUCUGCUCGUGGGCUUAAUAAUGCUCUGAGAUAAAACAAUUAUAUACGUAAAUGAGACAGUUAUACAAAGGCCUAGACAUAGUAGUUGCUGAACAAAUAAAAUUUACUUCCAGGUCCCUCCUCUCCUUUUUUGAAAUUUCCAUUUACCCAUGGAGAUGCAGCUAUUUCACAACAUUAUACAAGAAUGCUAAUAGAUUAAUUAUUUCCCCUUAUAUGAAAGUCAAAUUAUAUAUAAUACUUAAUAUUUAUUUAAUAACAUACUUAAUAUUCUUAUAAAAAUAGUUCAUUAUUCACUAUAGGAUUUUAUCAAUAACUUAAAUACAUUAGUAGGUACCACCUCUUUAAUUCUUUUUUAUAAUUUUCAGGAUUUUGGCCAUAUGAUGUAUAAUUAUUAAUAUAAAAAUUGCCCAUAUAAGUGAAAUAUUGCCACUUCUUUUUAUUUCUUUUUUCCUGAAAUGAAAGCAUAUAUCUUUUAGCAUCUAAUUUUAGCCUUCCUUGGAAAAGAAUAAGCGAAACAAUGACGGGUGGAAAAUUUCACAUCACAAGCAGGCAUAGGGGAAUAGAGGAACAGGGAACUGAAAGAAUCGAGAAAGGCAAGGUGAGCUACAUUUUGUUUAGGUAAGAAGGACCUCAGUGUGCGAUGUGCUGGACCACGGAUUGGGUCCAUCCCUAAGAUGAAAAUUAAGGCCAAUUACACUGAUGCAAAGGAGAGAGCUUAGUGAAAUCCAGAGAAGAAAGUUAACAAAUAGAACCUAGGAUUCAAUUUUGCAACUAGGAUUUCUUAGAGAACAACGUGCGUUAUAUACAAUAAAUGAUUCUGUUAAGAGCAAAUAUAUUUGUUCCAAUUCUUAAAGGAAUGUUCAUGGUUUAGCACUUGCCUCUAAACUCUACUAGGAAUAUGUGAACUUAGAAAUAAAAGUUAAAAAACCUUUUUUGUUGGUAUGUGAAUUCUAUGCUGUGUUCAGUAUGCAUUAAAACAUACUAUCUUUUAUUUUCUUGAACUUAUAUAUUCCAUGCAAUUUCUAUAUUUUUAAGCUAGCUAUCUCAGUUUUCUUAUUGUUUCAAUAUAGUAUGUCCCUAUGAAAUGCUGUAUAUAUAUGUCUAAACUGUAAAAAUUAUUCUGCAAAUGUUGAAGUUUUGUAUUUAUGAGAGACAUUGAAAGUAUGGCUUACAGUAUAUCAAAAUUGUCACUCUUCACCAUUUGUAUAUUAAUAGUAAAGAGACUUUUACUUUAAUAAAGUGUUGCAUUUUCUGUUUAUUUUGAA